UCUCCACAGUAUGGAGAAGACUGCAGAAGUAAAACAUACCCUCCUUCAGGACCAACGUUCCAAGGGCAUGUUCCCACGUAUGUCAUAAAUCUUGAUUUACCUCCCAGCAAAAGAUGGGAGAAGUUGAUGCAUGACAAAAAGACAGAGUUGAAGACUGUAGUCCAGAAUAUUAAAGAUAUAGCAAAUACAUUCUUCCCUAGUGGCAAAAUCGUUGACAUAGUGGAUCACAAAAUAGCUCUCCUGACCUCUACGCUUCCUUAUCCUUUCAAUGAAGAACUCCAAGGGAUUGCAAAUGCAUCUGGAAUUCCUUUGGGGGAAAUUGUUAUUUUUAACAUCUUCUAUGAAAUUUUUACUGUAUGUACAUCAAUAGUGGCAGAAGAUAAAACAGGGAAGCUGUACCAUGCCAGAAACUUGGAUUUCGGGCUCUUUCUUGGGUGGGACGUUAAAAAUAAUUCCUGGACUGUAACUCAGGAACUGAAGCCCAUAGUGGUAAACCUGGACUUCCAGAGAAACAACAAAACAGUAUUUAAGUCUACAAAUUUUGCAGGAUAUAUAGGCAUGGUGUCUGGAGUCAAACCAGACACAUUCACUCUGACAAUGAACGAACGUUUCAGCCUUGAUGGUGGUUAUAUUGGAAUAUUUGAAUGGUUUCUUGGUAGAAGAGAUGGUAUGUGGAUGGGCUUUCUUACCAGGACAGUACUAGAGAACGCUACAAGCUACCAGGAUGCAAAAGACAAAUUGUCAAAAACACGACUGUUGGCUCCAGCUUACUUUAUAUUAGGUGGAAAAAAUUCUGGAGAAGGCUGUGUGAUAACUCGUUCCAGGACAGCUACUCUGGAUAUCUGGGACCUUGAUAUAAAGAAAGGCACAUGGUAUGUGGUAGAAACAAACUAUGAUCGCUGGAAGCCUCCACUAAUCUUGGAUAACCGUAGAACACCUGCAAUGAAGUGCCUGAACCAGACACAGCAAGAGAACAUCUCAUUACCAACUAUCUAUGACGUUCUUUCCACAAAGCCUGUCCUCAAUAAGCUGACGGUGUGCACAACACUGAUGGAGGUAUACAGCGGUCAUACAGAGACUUACCUGCGGGAAUGUCCAGAUCCCUGUAGUCCUUGGUAGUCCUGUAUCCUUCCUAUGUUGCUUGACUGAACUGGAGGCCCUCCAAGAAAAAAUUACUUCUGGAAAGAGAUUCCCCAGCCUAACUUCUUUCUUCAGAAAUUUAAUGGCUAUAUGGAAACGUCAAUGAGCUUCUAAACGGAGGACCUUAUCUUGCAUUGGACUUUCUUGCUUCCUAAUCAGCAGCUUUGCUGACUGGAAAUUUGCACUAAUGUACAUUAGUUCCAUUUUCAACUAUUUCCGCAAAACAAGUUCAGCAAUUAGCUCUAGAUCUCUUCAGCCUUGACCAGAAUUUUUGUGUGUUCAGAUUCAGAAUACUUUUUAAAUCACAAAUGAGUUAAAUUAGCACCUACCAAGCAUGACAAGAAUUUUAAAUUAUUUUAGAAGAUUAUGUGUGACAGUGUAGUUCUGUUAUCCUUUCCUAAGCUUUUGGAAGGAAUAUCUGGUCUUCUAGUCCAAAUAAGGAUACGUCUAAGAUACCUUGGUGUAAAAUAACCUA